CAACACUCUCUCUUCCAUCCCUUCUACUCUCUCCAUAUCCUCUUCUAAUCCUACGCACUCCUCAACUAACUUUACGCACCAGACAUACAUAAAAAGACUAAAUUUUACACAUCGGUAUUCGCUAUCGUGCGCCAUUUCUUCUCCGGCAACGGCAACUCGUUGGAAAUGGGUGGUGCAGGCGGAAACGGGAACGGCGGAGGGGGAGGGCCGCAGCCGUCGGGUGCGGCUGAGGCGCUGUACUCGGCGGCGAGGAUUUCGGUAUGGUGGGAUAUAGAAAACUGUCAAGUGCCUAGAGGAUCUGAUCCUCAUGCGAUCGCUCAGAAUAUAAGUUCUGCGCUUGUGAAUAUGAACUACUGUGGACCGGUUUCUAUUUCCGCUUACGGUGAUACAACUAAGAUCUCUUCUUCUGUUCAACAGGCGCUUAAUAGUACUGGAAUCGGCCUUAAUCACGUUCCUGCAGGUGUUAAAGAUGCAAGUGAUAAGAAGAUUCUUGUGGACAUGUUAUUCUGGGCAGUUGACAAUCCUGCACCUGCUAACUAUUUGUUGAUUUCGGGAGAUCGUGAUUUUUCAAACGCACUUCAUCAAUUGCGCAUGCGCAGAUAUAAUAUUCUUCUCGCACAACCUCAAAAAGCUUCUGUUCCCCUUGUUGCUGCUGCAAAGACUGUAUGGCUUUGGACAAGCCUUUCAUCUGGAGGACCUCCACUCACAAAUAGUGAAUCAAGUCAACUUGUUAAUAGCAGCUACGGUUCUUUACCCACUUUAGACACAUUAUCAACGUCAUCUAGUGACUCCAGUCUGAUAAACCAGCUUGACACUUUCCAUGAAAACCCACAAAUGAAGUUUAACAAUUUGGGAAGGGGUACAGAUAUUAAGCAGAAGGGCAAACCAGUUCGUAGAAGUGUGAAUCAACCCAAUAUAUCACGAACUUCAUCUGGCACACAAGAAAAUCAUAGUGCUGCAAACUUUCAUCAACCAGGAUAUGGAUAUCCUAAGCAGUUCAAUGAUUCAGUGGAGUUGCCUGGAGCUCAUAAUUCAAGAACUCCUUUCAGUGGGCCUGUACCGAGCGGUGUUCCUGGUAAUCCUGAGGCAUCCUGGACGAAUGGAAACAACUCACAGAACAAUUAUCAAAACAAUUAUCCUCCAGGAAGGCCAAACAACCUCCCAGUAUCACCGAUAAUUCCACCUGGUAAUUUCUUACCACCUAAUUCGCAUGUGCAUCAUUCACAUUCAAUGCCUCCUAGGUCUGAUGCAAUUGGCUACACCUCAGUCCCUCAAAUAUCUAUGCCUGAUAUGGGUAAGCUAAAAGUCAGUGAAAACUCCACUAAUGGUCAUAAUCGUCCUUUUUCUCAAACGUGGAAUGGAGAAUCAAGACAACCUCCUAACAUUGAGAAUUCUUAUACAAAUACAAAUGGGCCUCAUAAAGGACACAAUUCGCAGAAGAAAACACCAUUUUACGUUGAAAAAGAGGUAAACAGGCAUCCACAUCCCAGCCCUGAGAUUCCACCACCGUCAUGUAUAGCAAAUAGCAGUAAUGGACCUCUCAAUGGUGUGUGGGGAGCUCCAGGAUGCCCAAAACCUUCUGAUUAUGUUCAAGGCCUUAUUGGAGUCGUUUUACUUGCCUUAAACACCCUUAAAACUGAGAAGAUUAUGCCUACUGAAGCAAACAUCUCUGAUUGCAUCAAAUAUGGAGAUCCAAAACACCGCAAUACUGAUGUUAAGAAGGCUCUCGCGAGUGCAGUUGAACAACAGCUGGUAGUAACACGGAAUUUAGGUGCUUUGCAAUUAUAUGUUGGUAAAAAUGAGAACCUAUGGAGGUGUGUGAAUCCCAUUGGUGGUAAUAUGAAACAAUAUCCCAAAGAAGCAUGGGAUGACCUCCAGAAAUUUCUAUCAUCUUCUGCCGGACGAGCCGCCAUAAGCGCUACUCAGUGCAGGUUUGAAGCAGCAACAGUUAUUAAGAAAAUGUGCUUAAAGGAGCUUGCUUUAGGUGAAAUACUUCAGAUCUUGCACAUGGUUGUUAACAUGAAGAAAUGGCUUGUACAACCUCAAUCCGGAUGGCAACCAAUUAAGUUUACUCUCGCAGAGAUCGUCCCCGAUUCAGGGGUGGUAGCUGCUACAUAAGAUCUGCGAGAUCUGGUUAUGGACGGGGAGAGAUGGCUUAUAGGUAUUUUUUAUCAGUUCCUUCAUGAGCUUACCGACUGAACUGGUGAUAGAUCAAUCUAGUACAUUUCUCCUCUUAAAGGGUCGCAAUAGGUUAAGUUGCUGUAUUUAUGGUUUAAGUAGAUUGUUCUGUAGUAGAUAGUUAUAGUUUGGCUGUUUUAUCUUUUUCCCGGGAAAUCACAAAGCACUGUGACGGGAGCUUAUGUUGGAUAAGAAAAACCUUCUGAGGGAUUGGAGUUUGGCUGGGAUUAUGGAAUAUCUUAAGCGAGAGAUUGCUUGCUAUACAUGGGUGGUGGGUGCUUCAUAUUUUGGGCUAUUUCGUCGUUGCCCGGUUAUUGAUUAUUGAUUAAAGGGAUCUAGAAUUGUGGAAAAUCACGGACUGUGAUUCUGGACCUCUUCGAGUAACGUAUGUGAGAAUAUCCUAGUUGCUUUUGUAUCAAGCAUAUACAUUUUGGAAUCUAGGCAUCUCAGAGCUGGUAUCAUGUAUAAAAUUCGCCGAAAAAGGAUAUAUGCUUGUUUGGUUCAUAUUAAUGACAAAAGUACUGGUGGUAAAGUCUCUGAAGCUGUUGGAGGCUUGGAGCUGAUUUAUUGUUAGAGUAGUUUUCAAAGGUGUAUCGGUGCAGCAUGAAGAUAUUCAGAUGUUGCUGACUGGGUAGAGAAUCGAAUGCCUAAGACCCUCGUGUUUAAACAAACAGGACUAAGCAAACAAAAAAUAUGUGGCAGAUUAUGGUAUUAUGCAUAAAUCAGAGUUUGUGCGAAGACUGAUAGAUCAAAAUCUUCCUUACAACCGUAUAUCACUUUUCACUUGGAAUUAUGGAAGUUAGAAACAAAUGACUACAUCCUUGAAGGUAUGAUGGAUAAUUCUCGUUAUGACUGCAUACAAAGAGAACUGUAUGCAAUUGUCUCACUGCAUGCUUUAGGUCUCAUUUGCCCUGCUGUUUUAAACUAUUGUAGAUAUGUGUUGUAAUUGCUGUAAACUUGGAAGGAGUUCAUUUUCAGCAUUAACUUUAUAAAUAAAACUUUGCUUGGUUUUUCUUUGUU